AUGUUUAUUUGUACUCUUUUUGAUUUGCUUUUCAGUUUAACUCUGGAAAAAAAAUACAUGAAUAUUCCCUAUUACAUUAUGAGCUUUUUAGCACAAUUGAAAGAUUCUAAACGAACUUUAAAACAUACAACAACUACAGUAACUCAAGCUGAUGGAACUAGAUACGUUGAAAAUGGAGAAUUCGAAAUUGUACCACAGACGAAAGUUUCAGGAUUUGUAAUUGAUACAAAACCUGAUCAAAUUCCUGCUUUAAUUAUACAAAAUCUGUAUGUAGGAUCACAAGAUUGCUGUGAAUUAAGUGUCCUUGAAAAAUAUAAUAUUAAAAAUAUCUUAAGUAUUGGUAUAGAACCAUUUUGUAAAUAUUCAAAUUAUUGUUAUAAAUUUGUUGAAUGUCUAGAUUUACCAGAAACAAAUCUAAUUGAUAUUUUAAAAUUAAAUUGUUUAUCAUUCAUUAAAAGAUGUUUGGAUGAAAAAGAAAAUAUAUUGGUACAUUGUAAUGCAGGUUGUUCUCGAUCACCAUCAAUUAUUAUCGGAUUUUUGAUCAUUGAAUUAAAUUAUACAUUUGAAAAUGCUUUCGAAUUAGUAAAAAGUAAAAGACCUUGUAUUCAAAUAAAUUCAGGGUUCUUAACACAACUUAAAAUAUUAAGCCACAGCUGAGAUGU